AUGCUGGCCGCAAAUGCAACUAGAACUGAAAAAUUAAAACUAAUGGUAAUUAGAUCAUCUAUUAAUUCUAAUGCUUUAGUUUACUUAAAUUAUGAUGCUUUAUCUAUGAAAUUAGAAGGUGAAAAAUCAGAUAAAGAAGUCCAUACAAGCUCAUCUAAAACUAUAUAUAGAGGGCGUGACUGUCUAAGAUUAAUUGCUGAUAAUAUUAAUAAACAAAAAGAGCAAAAUUUUUCUCGUAGGCGUGGUCGCAAGCAUGAGCAUGGUCAUAGAUGUGGUCGUGAAUGUAGUCACGAAUAUGGUCACAGGCAUAGUCAUGAAUAUGAUUGCAAGUGUGGUUGUGGACAGAGGCAGGCUUCUCAAAAUAGCAAGGAAAAAACAGAGAUUCUCUUCCUAUUAUCAGAUACCGAAAUUGAUAAUACUAUUUUUGCCAUUCAAGAUUUGACAGAGUUAAAAAAGGAUGAUGUUGACGAAUUAAUUAUAGACUUAACAACAAAUCUGUCAGAUCUAACAAUCGAAUGCCAGUUAAAUAAAUUUAACAAGUUUGAAAAGAGUGAUGCAAAUGAUACUGAUGUUUUACUACCUAAAAUUUCUAUUUUUGAAGGUUUAGAUAGUCUAAAAAAUUUAUCAGUUUUUUUGAAUAGCAAGAAAGCCGUGAUUUCAAUGUAG